GUGAAGAUGGGACAUUUUUCUGAAGUGAAACCAUCCUGUUUUUAGGUUUCCAGGUGCCUUAAAAUUAUGAUUUAUGCAAUUGUGUGCCAUAUUUCAGAUAUUUUUUUUGCAAUUUUGUCACUUAAUAAUAAAUAUGAUGCUAUAUCAGCCACAAUACUCCAGAAAUAGUCAUAAUUGUGAUGCACACAGGUCCAUUGAAGACAAUAUGGCACCAUGGAAACAGGCAGUGAGAGGGAAAUAAAAAUAGCCCCAGGUUACCUUAUGAUUUAAUAAAUUAAUUAAUGAACUGACAAAAAGAUUUCCCCAUUUAAACAAAUUGUCCUAUUUUACCCAAACAUGUCACCACAGUGAGGCCAGGGUUCUCCACUUGUUUGAACAUCCAAAGUUUCUAUAUUAUUUUACAAAACAACAUUUUUUUCAUAGAGAUGUAGCAGGGAACCAUAACAAGUUACAAAAGUAACUCUGAAGGUAUGUCCUCAGAGUUUUAGGUGUUUUUUUUCGCCAGAAAGUGUCCCAAAUUACCUCACUUUACCCUUUUUUACACAAAGUUUGCCCACUAAACUUAAAUAAAACGUUACCAACAGGUCUGCUGCAACCCUGUGGGCGUUAAUAUCAGUGUACUCACAGCCGCGACUGCUUUGUUAAAUGCGGACUUUUCGUUUAAGUCCAAAAACGACAGUUUAGUGCCAAGUAAAGUCGUAACUGACGACUUUUUGAAACACCUGAAAAUAACAUGAAUGGAGGAUUGGCGGAAGUGACGCAAGACAUGCCGCCCAUGGAGACGUGACGUCAGGAAGCUGUUGUCAAGGGAUGUUUUAGUUUACGGAAGUUUUUUUUAUCAGGAGGCUGCACCUCGAAGUUUAAAAUGCAAUAUACCAGCUACAGUUGUUAGUAUUAAAGAUUUUCAUGGCGAGAUAAGAACUGUCCGGUCCUCUGCCGCUACAGUUGGAUUUUAAAGUCUGCCUUUUUGAUGGAAAACUGACCUUAUAGCAGUGUGAUGCUAACUUUAGCUUAGCAGCAUAGCUAGCGAGAACAACAUGGCUCAAGUUCUUCCUCCCGGAUCAAUCGUAGUGGCUGACUGGCAUCGAAGCAAAGACAGCAAAGACUAUUUCAGCAAAAUACUACACAAAAAGAGGCGCAAACACUUCGGCCUGUUGGAGUCUCCAGUGAUGCCUCCACAUGUAGCUGUGGACACAGUUCACUAUAAGAUCUUCAUCUCUGGCAAGAGUGGAGUCGGGAAAACUGCUCUGACUGCACGUCUUGCUGGCUUGAAUAUUCCUAACAUGCACUAUGAAACCACAGGUAUUGAGACGACGGUGGUGUACUGGCCAGUGAAGCUGAGGGAAAGCGGCAGAGUGCUUUUCUUCCGUCUGCAGCUGUGGGACUGUGGAGAGAACGCUCUGCGCAGAUUUGACCAUUUGCUCCCAGCCUGUAAGGAGCAGGUCGACGCUGUCCUGUUCUUGUUCUCCUUCACUGACAGGACGUCCUUUGAUGAUCUCUCAAAUCACAUUACUAAGUGGACUGAAACAUCUGUGGGUCGUGUUGUGAAAUUGGUGGUUGGCACCAAAUUUGACCUUUUCAUGCACUGUGAUGUGGCAGAGAGAGACGUGAGGGACUUCCAGGAGACGUGGAGUUUACCUGUGCUGCGUGUGGGCGGGGAGGUCAGUGACGGGCUGGGUGAUGUAGCCCCCCUACUCAACUGCCUGGCGGAGAAUCUGUGGCAUCAGGACUGCGUCACAGCCGGAUCAGCCAGCCACCAUUCACAGGGGGACACAGUGACCGUAUUUUAACACUGGACAGGCAGCUAAAGUGAUCUGGAGGUCCAGGGAGGGUCACCCCCAGGUGUCUGCCUUUGAGGGAUUGCAUUUGCUGAUUAUAAGGACAUUCAGAUCCCCGGGAGGCAACUGAGGAGGCUAUUUCAUCUAAGAUGGAAUUUUUAUUCUGAAAUGUCUUAAAUUCUCCCAUCACACUGUCAGCAGUACCAGCGUCACAAUAUUAACCUGUAGAAGUUUGUAUUUAUGUUCUUCAUGCCACUGAGUGUCCGCACAUAAUGCUGCCGCCUUACAUUUUCUCACUUUUAUGUAAGAAAUAACUCUUCUCUUUUUUUGUAUUGCAUCUGACCUAUUUUUGGGCACCUUUUUCAAUGAUUUUUUACUGAUUUGCAUUUUUGUGUCAGGCUGAUCUAAGGUCAGAUUUAUUUCAUUAGAAAAAAUAAAGGGCACAUUGCUUAAAAGGAGCAAUCAUUUUAAUACAAGUUUAAAAUAAUGUAUUUCCAAUAAUCAAAACAAAGUAACCCCUCACAUUCAGUGCAUCUGUGAGCUGUGACAAAUUCAGUGUGUUUGAAUCCUUAAUGUAGUGUCAUGUGGUGCUCUAGAGUGCGUCCAUCAGGAUUAUUAAGUGCCGUCAAGUUACAAAAAUUUUAAGAAUGAACAAGUUAUCAAAAUCUAUCAAAGAUCAAUAUGUGUAUAUAAGCAAUCAAACUGUAUAUAUUAG